AUGGUGGCCGACCCCUUUGUUUACCAUCCUUCGGUGGCCCACUAUCUUAAGUUUGUAGCAACUACUGUUGGUCGCGACAAACUAUUGCGCACGAUCCAAUACUUUGCGCGAUUCUACGCCUGGUAUCUUUUCCGCAAAAAUCGAAGUCCUGGUGACAUAGCUCCCUUUGAGGCGAUCAAGAAGCAGUUUGGACUUGCACGCAAACUCAUGCGAGUUGGAAAAAAUGUCGAACACUUCAAAGCAGCAAGUAUCGCAGCAGACGCAAAAAAUUUAGAUCCCAUAAUCAAGUACUGCGCUAUCGGACGCCAGUUAGGAUAUGCUGGAUAUUUGACAUUAGAUUCACUUACAUAUCUUGAUGUGGCUGGUAUACGAAAGAGCUCAUUCACCCAAGCUCUCCAACGUGAAGCAAAUAGGUGCUGGAUGCUAGGACUUCUAUUCAGUACUGUUUCUAGUACUUACAGCCUUUAUUCUUUGAGACAGCAAGAACGUCAUCUUGACAAGAAAAAUCGGGAGGGAUUAUUCACCAUUAAAAAGAUUGAAAAGGAGCGCUUUACCACUAAGCUUCAAUUAACUUCAGAUUUAUGUGAUCUGACCAUUCCUACUUCCGCUAUUGGUCUCACAAGUUUCGAAGAUGGGACUGUUGGACUGGCUGGAACCAUAAGCAGCAUAAUAGGAGUAUACUCGCAGUGGAAAAAAACAGCUUAG